CAGCCCUAUUUUCCGUUGUUUUUUUCUUUUUCGGUUUAAAGGGAAAACCUUCCUACUUUUUGGAAUUAAUAGUACUUCUAUUAAAAUUUUCAAAUUUCCUCCACAUCAAAAGCUUAGCUUGGAAGGCAAACAAAAUUGAUUUCCUUUGGGUCUCCGACCAGUGAACAUUGUCGAAGUGGGAAACCUGUCGCGGCCGGAAAGCCAAUCUCACAGAAAUUCGCAGCGGCAACUAAUGGUGACGACAACGACGGAGUUUGUCGCCCGGACAGGCGGUGCCAGACGUGUGGGUGGAACCUUGCCCGAAAUCCAUCAAAAUUCCAAGAAGCUGCUGCUCGAGGCUCGCGCUGGAUUGGAGAAACUUGAGCGCCUAGAAUACUCCUCUUCGUCCUUGCCGUCAUCGUCUCUGGAAUCCUCGCCGGAGGUUUUCGAUGCCGUGAAGACAGACAUCUCGCAUAUCCUCUCUCUCUGUGCCGAGAUGGAUUUCCUGUGGAGAUCAUACACCGCUAAAUCGGAGCGCGAUCUCUGGAAAAGAAAAGUGGAACAAGUGGCUGAAGAGGUUGACUCAUUAAAAAAUGGUCUAGACAAAUAUUCACUGCGGCAUCAAAGACGAAAACAAGAAGCUCAAGAGAGAGCUGAAUUGCUGGGACGAACUAUUGGCGAAUCUUCUCAUAUUUUGAGCAUCUACGAUGAGGAAGCUCAAGAGAGGCAGUCAGUUAAGAAGUCAUCGGCAAUGCUUCAAGAAGCUUAUGAAACAGGGGUUGCAAUACUUUCAAAAUAUAGUGAUCAAAGGGAUCACCUUAAGAGAGCACAGCGGAAAGCACUUGAUGUUCUUAACAGAUUGGGGUUAUCAAAUUCUGUGUUGAGACUUAUCGAGAGGCGUAAUCGUAUGGACAGAUGGGUUAAAUAUGCAGGCAUGGUUAUAACAAUCAUCAUUGUGAUCACAAUUUGGAGGUGGACGAGCACAUAAUGAUACCUUGGUUUAUUGAUCAACUGUGACUCUACUGCCUUUUGGUUCAUACAUUGUGGGCAGGGUCGUAUAUAGAUGUUUAAUUCACCGAUCUUCAUCAUCUGGUAAAAUUUUGGGCUUAGGUAAACUUUGGUACUAAUUGAAUAGUAACCUGAUUUAGUAGUUGAGAAAGGUGUUCUUUAUGGAUUUAAUUUUCCUUCUAUUCGGUUUGGACCAUGGAGCAAAAGAGGUAAACAGAGAAACCACUGUUUCGUUCUAAACUCAUUCACUAGGAAGAGAGCAUUAAUUGGCCAUCUCCAAAAAAUUAAAAGAAUUACAUAACUGUCAUAUUACUUCUACUUUUUAAGUUUCAUUAUGCUUCUACUGUCAUGUUACUUCUACUUUUAAGUUUCAUUAUGCUUUUUC